CCGCAACUUGAUUUUAACUUCCGACUGCAUUCCCGCGCCAUCUCAGUUCCCCCAAAUCAAUUUCACCCCCGAAACCCUAAUUUUGCAUCUCCUCCUCAAUCGAUUUUCUUCUUGUAUUGUAAUAAUAAUUCUUUUGAUCAUCAUUAUCUUUUUCUUUUUUAAAUAUUCUCCCAUCAAACCCUAGUUAUUCAGUUCCCAAAUUUCCAUACACACACACACACAUAUAUAUAUAUACACACACCUAUACGUACAUAUACACACAUAAUCAGAUUGAUGUUUUAAACUGAAAUAAUAAUAAUGGAAGAUAAAUACAGCAUUGAAUCUGCAGAAUCACUUGCCAAUGCAGCAUCUCGAUUGCCGAUAACAGAAGCAGUACCUGUAUAUGAACAACUUUUGGCUACCUUUCCUACUGCAGCAAAGUAUUGGAAACAAUAUGUUGAAGCACAUAUGGCUGUUAAUAAUGAUGAUGCUACAAAACAGAUAUUUAGUAGAUGCCUUUUGAAUUGCCUUCAAAUUCCUCUAUGGCGGUGCUAUAUAAAUUUUAUUAGGAAAGUCAAUGAGAAGAAGGGGUUAGAGGGUCAAGAAGAAACCCGGAAAGCUUUUGAAUUUAUGCUCGGUUAUGUUGGAUCGGACAUUGCUUCUGGGCCUGUGUGGACCGACUAUAUUAACUUCUUAAAAUCCUUACCGGCUCAAAACGCACAAGAAGAGUCGCAGAGGAUGAUUGCUAUACGGAAAGUAUACCAAAAAGCUAUUGUGACUCCUACCCAUCAUGUAGAGCAACACUGGAGAGACUAUGAGAAUUUUGAAAAUUCAGUUAGCCGUGCUCUGGCGAAAGGACUGGUAUCUGAGUAUCAGCCAAAAUACAACAGUGCAAGGGCUGUUUAUAGAGAGCGAAAGAAGUAUGUCGAUGAGAUUGAUUGGAACCUGCUUGCUGUGCCACCAGCGGGCUCUCUCAAGGAAGAAUUGCAAUGGACAGCAUGGAAAAAGUUCUUAGCAUUUGAGAAGGACAACCCUCAAAGGAUAGAUACUGCGUCUGCGAACAAGCGCAUCUCAUUUACUUAUGAGCAGUGCCUCAUGUAUUUAUAUCAUUACCCGGAUAUAUGGUUUGACUAUGCUACAUGGCAUGCAAAAAGUGGUUCGAUAGAUUCUGCCAUCAAAGUAUACCAACGAUCAUUGAAGGCUCUUCCUGAUUGUGUGUUGCUAAGGUAUGCUUAUGCUGAGCUCGAGGAAUCCCGUGGCGCGAUUCAGGCCGCAAAAAAGGUAUAUGAAAGCCUUUUUGGAGAUGGUGUCAGUGCAACUGCCUUAUCACAUAUACAGUUUAUUCGAUUUUUAAGAAGAACGGAAGGUGUCGAGUCAGCUCGCAAGUAUUUUUUGGAUGCGCGAAAAUCUCCAAGUUGUACGUACCAUGUAUAUGUUGCUUAUGCGACAAUGGCAUUUUGUAUGGACAAGGAUGCAAAGAUUGCACACAAUGUGUUUGAAGUUGGGUUGAAAAGAUUUAUGCAUGAGCCUGGAUACAUUCUUGAAUAUGCAGAUUUUUUAUAUCGCUUGAAUGAUGAUAGAAAUAUCAGGGCUUUAUUUGAACGUGCGUUAAGCUCGCUUCCACCCGAAGAUUCUGUCGAGAUUUGGAAGAGGUUUUUUCAGUUCGAGCAGACAUAUGGAGACCUUACUAGCAUGUUAAAGGUGGAACAAAGAAGGAAAGAAGCCCUUGCUAGAACAAGUGAAGAAGGAGCAUCAGCUUUAGAAACUUCUUUGCAAGAUGUUGUAUCAAGAUAUAGUUUUAAGGAUCUAUGGCCAUGCUCCUCAAAAGAACUGGAUCAUUUAUCUCGUCAAGAUUGGCUUUUGAGUAAUGCAAACAAAAAAGUUGAGUUAUCAACUCUGGCAAAUGAAGCAGAUAAAAGUCCAGGACAGUUACUAAAUUAUUCAAACUUAUCCUCUAAAGUUGUUUAUCCAGAUACCUCGAGGAUGGUUGUCUAUGACCCGAGACAAAAACCUGAUUUAACCACUCCUGCUCUUCCUUCUACUGCUAGUCCAUUGACCAGUUCUGGUACAGUACCAUUAGUCACUGGCGGAGUGCUAAAUGCCCCUAAUGUGCUUCCAAAAGCAUUGCCACCUGCUCUGGCAGCAUUUAUAGCAAGUUUGCCCCCUGCAGAAGGUCCAUUGCCUGAUGUUGAUUUUGUUCUAUCAAUAUGUUUACAAAGCACUUUACCUGUUGCUGAAACUGUUAAGUCAGUGGCACAGCCCCAAGCCAGGCCUGCUUCAACUGACGCUCCUGGAUCUACCAAAUCCCAUUUGUUCAAACCGAGAGACAGACAACAUGGGAAGAGAAAAGAAGCAGACAAUCAAGACGAUGACGACACCAACCCCGUUCAAAGUCAACCACUUCCUAAAGAUAUGUUCAAGAUACGACAACUAAGAAAAGCCCGAGUUGCUGGUGCACAAACUGGAACUGCAUCAUAUGGUAGUGUACAAACUGGAUCUGCUUCAUAUGGCAGUGGAUUAUCAGGGGAGCAGUCUGGUAGCUAUGGCUGAUGGCUUGGUUUCUCCUUUUUGUUUCCACUAAUGAGAGUCAACCGUCAGACAACCUGUGAAUUGGUUUACAUGCAAGCACAUGGGAAAAAGUAAACAGGGGCCUUUGGAAAGCUCUGUGGUAUUGAUGUACCAGUUUAUCAUGUUUAACUAUGUAGAUUAUCGUAAUGGCUCAUAGAGGUUAUUUGUAGCAUACAUAUGAUCUGAUCUAGUGUAAUUGUAGGAACUAUAUGUUUUGAUAGUUAACCUGAACUGAUCUUUUUGAGAUUUGAAACAGAUAUCUAUGGUACCAUUUGAUCAAGUAUUUAAUGUAUCUUUAAAAUUUUGAAA